AGGUGUGAUCACCUGGUCAAAUCGGUAUUGAAGGUAUUGUUUUAAUAUCAGCUCAGACAAACAAAUACUUGACAGUGCCAGGAUUUCUGCAUAUGUUAUAACCACAUUGACAAUUUUGGCGGGCUGUGUGGUUCGCAACUCUUGUGAUUGCUUUCACGAUGGCUGUUUGGAUGUCUUACCUGCAAAUAGAUUAAGAAAUCCUUGAUCCUUUCUGAACGUUUUCCACGGCAAAUUUUGGCAGUGCAACAGUUUAAACUUUGCCUUGCACAGAUGCCUCUUGGGACCAAGGAAAUAUGGAACAUGCUGCCAAGUUUCUGCAACAAACUCAGACCUGGUCAGUACAAAGCGCGAAAAAGGUCCUGGAGGUUCGACGUCGCUUCCCGCGCUGCUCGGUGCCGGUGGCCCUGGAGGUCCUGCGACGCAACGACGAGGAUCCGCACGCCGCCUGCGAGAUGCUCGAGGAGUUCCGGCAGCGCAUCCGGCGCAGCGUCAGCGCCGAGUGGGAUCACUUCCUGCACCAGGGAGAGGAAGUUUUCGUGGCUGAAAGCGCGCUGGACACCUGCGACUGGGAUCCGCGCCGGGCCUUUCUCUUCGCGCGGGAUUUGGCGAUCGCGGUGAAGAAAACCAGACACCUGGCAAGCCAGGCAGUAUCUCAUCCGAGCUUCUCAAAUCAACGCUUCCCCAUUGAUGCUGUGGUUGCUGCGCUUACUGUAGCGAAGUUGCAGCCGAAAGUGGCCCUGGCAGUGCUCUUUGGGGAGCCACCCAACUGGCCUGCGCCAGCUGCGGGAUAUGCUGCUCCUGAAGCGGAAGAAGACUCUACGUGCUGCAUAGUUUAAAAGGGCUGGACUAUGUGGUGGGCAUGGGGUCUGAAAU